UGCACAUGGGGGAUUGUUGUGAUCUGAUUUCUUCUUGAUCGAUAUCUUUUUUAAAAAUUUAAAGUUUAUGUAAAGUUUGAAGAUCGUAGCGUCCUCUUAAGAUUUUUCUCAGUACGUAAUGCCUAAAAGAACAUCCGACCAAACUGUACACAACGAGGAGAAAUUCCCCAAAGAGGUUGACGAGAAUCUGUUUCACUUUGAUGAAAACCAAACGGACAGAAUAAAAGAGGAUGUUGAUUCAUCAGAUAGUGAAGAAAGCUACUACUCCGGACUAGAAAGCGAGUCAGAAACAACGGAAGAUGAUGAAGACGAACAGGAUUCUAAUUCGGGAGAAGAGGAAAUAAGUGGUCACGAGUCUUUUGAUGGUAUUGAUAAUGAAGAAAAGAGUGAUGAUGACAACGAGACAAAUAAAGGCAAUGGUGAACCAAACAACAAUAUAGAAGAUGCAAUGAAGAAGAAAGGAAAAGAGCCAAUUGAUGAAAAUGACACAUCUGAUGAGGAGGAUGCUCGCAAUACCGUUGGAAACAUCCCAGUAGAGUGGUAUAAUGAUUAUCCUCACAUAGGCUACAACUUGGAUGGACAAAGAAUAUUAAAGCCCGCUACUGCUGAUGAGUUGGAUCAAUUCUUGUCCAAAAUGGAUGACCCUAACUAUUGGCGUACAGUUCGAGACAAAGCAACCAUGAAAGAAGUUGUUCUAAGUAAUGAAGAGUUGGAUAUUAUAGACAGACUUCAAAAUUCUCAGUUCCCAGGUGCUGGAUACGAUCCAUAUGAGCCCUAUGUAGAUUUUUUCACUGGUGAGAAGAUGAUACAUCCUUUGACUAAUGCUCCUGAACCCAAAUCGCGUCACAUUCCAUCCAAAUGGGAACACAAGAGGGUUGUAAAGAUUGUCCGUGCCAUUAGGAAUGGCUGGAUAAAACCAAAGAAAGAUGAAAAGACUGAUAAACCAAGGUAUUAUUUGAUCUGGGAUAAAGAUGAUGACGGGGCCAAACCAAGACAUAACAUGCACAUACCUGCACCUAAAAUGAAACUCCCAGGCCAUGAAGAGUCUUACAAUCCUCCACCAGAGUAUUUGCCAACAGAGCAAGAGAUUGCUGCAUGGGAGGCCAUGGAUCCUGAUGAAAGACCGCGAAAUUUUCUUCCUAAAAAAUACUCAAGUCUCCGCCUUGUUCCAGCUUACAAUAAAUUUAUCCAAGAACGUUUUGAGAGAUGUCUGGACUUGUAUCUCUGCCCAAGACAGAGGAAGAUGAGGAUCCAAGUAAAUCCAGAAGAUCUUUUACCAAAACUUCCAAGGCCCAAAGAUUUACAGCCAUUCCCGUCAACAGAAUCAAUGGUGUACAAGGGCCAUACAGCUGUGGUGCGCUGCCUUGCUGUUGACCCCACGGGACAGUGGAUACCAUCUGGAGGAGAUGACAAAGUUGUUAAGUUCUGGGAAGUGUGCACGGGACGGUGUCUCAAGACGUUGCAGUGUGGUGGCACUGUGAACAGUAUGGCAUGGAACCCAAACCCCUCGCUGACGCUUCUGGCUAUUGCCGUCGAUCACAAAGCUGUAGUUGUUAACCAUUCUCUUGGUGACAAGCUUUUGUGCGCCGCUACCGAUGAACUCAUUGAAUCAUAUACUCGUCAAGGAGAAGAUGAGAAAGAAUCUGGCGUACAGUGGUCAAUGGCUGAAGAAAAAGAUUACAGAAAUGGAGAACGUAUAGUUUUAAAACAUAGCAAGGUCAUAUCACAGGUCACGUGGCACGGAAAGGGGGACUACUUUGCGUCAGUUGUACCUCAGGGUGGCAACAAAUCUGUGUUCAUCCACCAGAUGACAAAACGUCGAAGUCAGUGUCCCUUCAAGAAAUCCAAGGGUCUGAUCCAAAGAGUGCUGUUUCACCCGACUAGACCAUUUCUGUUCGUAGCUACACAGCGAUUUAUCAGAGUCUACAAUCUCACCAAACAGGAGCUAACCAAGAAACUUGUAUCAAACGUUAAGUGGAUUUCCAGUAUGGCGGUGCAUCCAAAAGGCGAUAACUUGAUUGUGGGAAGUUACGAUCGUCGGCUAUGCUGGUUUGAUAUGGACUUGUCGACUAAACCGUACAAAACACUAAGGAGUCACAAGAAGGCCUUACGUCAGGUGGCUUUCCAUAGGCAUUACCCACUGUUUGCAUCUGCUAGCGACGACGGCACAGUUAUUAUAUGCCACGGACGAAUUUUCAACGACCUGAUGCAGAAUCCUUUGAUAGUCCCCGUUAAGGUCUUAAAAGGACAUCGAGUGGAAGGAGAGCUGGGUGUUGUGGAUUGUCAGUUUCACCCAAGUCAGCCAUGGAUUUUUACUGCUGGUGCAGAUCACCUCAUUCGACUGUAUACGUGACAUCUCAUUCUGCUCUUUUUAACACAGACAUAGAAAGAAUAAGUCAUUACGCGAUCUCGCUUAUCCUAAGAUGCGCGAGAUUAUAUCAGUACACUAAUGCGUCAAAAACAUGAAAAUUAUGGCCCACGAAAUGCGUUCUUCGUCCAAGAACAUACCGACGCUUUGCUCUGGAUGGCUGCCAACUGGUGCGCUAUUUUUUCUUAGGAAACCAUUCGGCUACUCAAUCCUCUGAAGCUUGUGAACUUCGAGAAGUCUUGUCUAUGAACGCUGUUACUGACAUGGCUCGACAUGAACAGUCUUUUUGGACAUUUGAAAAAAACACGGUGUGUGGUACACCAAACAAGACUUUAUUGUUGUUUUAGUUAAACAGGUAUCAUAAUGUUGUCCCAAUAAACUAGUCACAGUCCUCUUU